CCUCGUUUUGAGCAUCCACGAGCGCGCGUACAAAAUGGCGGUUUCCGUACGGUUGUUUUGUAAGCGGCCUCAAAAUGCGGCGGAAAAUAUUCGCCCGAGAGGCAUUGUGGCACCGGGCGACGUUAUUACUACGGACGCAGGAUUUAUGAGAGGCCACGGCACUUACAUCGAGAAUGAGCAGCUUCUCUCGUCUGUCGCCGGGGUCGUGGAGAAGACGAACAAGUUGGUGACAGUACGUCCCCUGAAGACAAGGUACAACGGUGAAGUCGGAGACGUUGUUGUUGGACGAAUCGUGGAGGUUCAGCAGAGGCGCUGGAAGAUUGAAAUGGCGUCCCGACUCAACGCCUCAUUGCUACUGUCUUCAGUUAAUUUACCGGGAGGAGAACUGAGAAGAAAAUCUGCAGAAGAUGAGCUGCUCAUGCGGCAGUACCUGUCUGAAGGAGAUCUGAUAAGCGCAGAGGUCCAGUCAGUGUUUGCAGAUGGCUCUCUUUCCUUGCACACAAGAAGCUUGAAAUAUGGAAAGCUGGGGCAGGGCACCCUGGUGCUGGUGUCCCCGUCUCUGGUAAAGCGCUGCAAGACCCACUUCCAUAACCUGCCGUGCGGGGUACACCUCAUCUUGGGCAACAACGGCUACAUCUGGAUUGCGCCCCUGCUCUCCGAAGAGGGCACCAAGUUUGUACAGAGCCUGGAGCUGGUGCCUCAGGUGACGAGAGAGGCGGUUGCUCGGGUCAGGAACUGCGUGCUGGCCCUCGCCCGGCAUCACGUAAUGCUCUUCGACACGAGCGUCGUGUAUGCCUACGACGUUUCGCUCGAGCACAAGACAAACGCUCUUCUGAAACCUGAAAUCAUGAAGAAAGUUGCAGAUUUGACAAAGCAAAAGCUGCUUCUGGAAACGUAGGAAUGAAUAAAAACAUAUUUACCUCAUCCAAAA